AUGAGGGUCCGCUCAGCAGAGGGGCAUCAACUGCUAGAGAGAGAGGCGUUCAUGAUGGAGAUAGACAGAGACCUAGCUGUAGAGAAGGAGGAGGUAAAGAAAGGUCUAUCAGAUGCAAAUGCACUAAAAGAAGCACAAGAAGAAACAGCCAAAGACCUAGCAGAACAAGAAGAAGCAAUAAAGUUGCUGCGUGAGCAGUUGAGAAAAAAAAACGCAGCACUACAAGAGGAGCAGUUGCUGCUGAGUGCAGAGAUGGCGGCGAGGGAUCGACGAACUCUUCUUCAGGAGAUAAAAGAAGAAGAAGGGGGUGGGUUGUAUUGGCUUGAUGAAACCCAAAGAAAAGAAGCAGGAGCUGCUCUGAGUAAGAUGGCGUUGCUAGAAACAGAAGUUCGUUCUCGGUAUAACACUCUUCUGCGUGUUAUGGCUCUAGACUCUCUAUCUCCACAGAUGAGGCAGCAAGCACUGCGGCUAAAGGAGCAGCUACGUGUUGCAGUAGCUGAUCUAGAGGUUCAUGUACACGCAGCAAUAGAAGCAUUCACAGCAGAACUAUGGGCAGUAAAAGCAGAGAGAAAGCUGUUGAUAGAACCUGCGGCUAAGGAAGCACUCAAGAGAGGCAUUCAGGAUGAAUGGGCUGCACAGGAACAUCACCAAAGAAGAAUUGCUGCUAUGCAAGCAGCAGCAAGAGAAACGCUAGCAACAAGCAGACGAGAGAUAACCAAAGAAGAAUUGCUGCUAUGCAAGCAGCAGCAAGAGAAACGCUAG